AUGACGGGCAAAGAAAUUUUUCAUAAGAUGAAGGAAAAAGUUUUGGGCUCAUCUGAUCCUGAUUCGGGUAAAGGAAAGAGCAAGAUGAAGAAGCACAUAACUCAUGGCUUUCACUUAGUGAAGGGAAGAUCAGGCCAUGCCAUGGAAGACUAUGUUGUUGCUCAGUUUAAGCAAGUUGAUAACAAUGAAUUGGGCUUAUUUGCGAUAUUUGAUGGCCACUCAGGUCACAGUGUACCUGAUUACUUGAAAACUCAUUUGUUUGAUAACAUCUUGAAAGAGCCUAACUUCUGGACAGAACCUGCUGAUGCUGUCAAGAGAGCGUAUAGUAUAACUGAUUCAACUAUUUUAGACAAAUCAGGUGAAUUGGGCAGAGGGGGUUCAACUGCAGUUACAGCAAUAUUGAUCAACUGUCAGAAGUUAGUGGUGGCCAAUAUUGGGGAUUCCCGGGCUGUUUUGUGCAAGAAUGGCGAGGCCAAACAACUAUCAGUUGAUCAUGAACCAAGCAUAGAGAGUGAGGAUAUAAAAAACAGAGGUGGUUUUGUGUCAAACUUCCCAGGGGACGUUCCACGAGUUGAUGGUCAGUUGGCAGUGUCAAGGGCAUUCGGUGACAAAAGCCUGAAGAUUCACUUGAGCUCAGAACCACAUGUGAUUGUGGAACUGAUAGAUGAUGAUGCAGAGUUCGUUAUUUUAGCUAGUGAUGGUUUAUGGAAGGUAAUGACAAAUCAAGAAGCAGUUGAAGCAAUCAGAGAUGUUAAGGAUGCUCGGUCUGCUGCAAGGAUCCUAACUGAAGAAGCACGUAACAGGAAAAGCUCAGAUGAUAUCUCUUGCGUUGUUGUGAAAUUUCAGUGA